GCGAAUAUGAUGAGGAUGACAGUACCCAAGUUUCCCACUCCGUGACAGCUGCACUCAAAGGGUCUGUAUACACGGUGAACUUCGUGGACUCACCUGGAGACGCUUUCGAACAAAACUUGGAAAUCAAGAUCCAGGAUUGCACCGACGCAUUUAUUGUCGUGUAUGCCAUCGAUGACAACGCAAGUUUUGCCGCAGCACGUGUGAUCAUCAACACCUUGUCAGCGUCAUUCGAUCCUUCCCAGUCACCAAGUGUGAUACGCAAGGGAGGGUCCAGUCAAGCUGUGGUUCCCAUCCCCGUGCUUUUGGUGGGCAACAAAACCGACCUCGUACGAGGACGCCAAGUCUCUUCUGAAGAUGGUCGUCACUUUGCCAGUCUACACGAUGCCAAAUUCAUUGAGGUGUCGGCAUCCUUGAACCACAUGAUUGCGGAACUCUUCAUACAGGUUGUCUCCUUGCUUGGUGAAGCGGAGCGAAAAGGUCGUGACCCGCGUUUGCCAAAUGAACGUCGAAUCAAAUUCCCUCCUUCACCCGGUCCGUCAACCUCAUCUGGGAAAACUGGUGUAGUUUCGGCGAGAAACAAUAACCCGAUCCCUACGGUGACCGGUAGCAGUACCGUGGCAAGUGCUUUUCGGAUUCAACCUUCAACCAAACACAGUUUAAGUAAAUUUCUGAAGAAACACUUUGUCCGAAGCAGCGAUGACUGUGACU